CCUAGGAUUUUCGUCGCUACAGACAUCUCCAAUGAGCCUGAUGACCAAAUGUCAUUGGUCCGAUUGCUCUUGCAUUCAGACAUCCUGUCAAUUCAAGGAAUCACGACAACGACUUCGUACUGGCUGAAUGAUACCACCUACCCAGAACACAUCUUAGAUGUUAUCGCCGCCUAUGAAAACGUCACUACCAACCUCAACACUCACACCGAAAGCACAUUCCCAAGUGCCGAUAGCUUGCGUUCUGUGGUGAAAGCAGGCCACUCCGUAUAUGGCCUCGCAGCACUCAAGAACGGGACUUUGUCUUUGGGUGCAGAAUUGCUCAUCUCGGCUGCUGGCAACUCGAACGAAACCCUGCAUGUUCUGCUUUGGGGAGGUGCGAAUGUCCUUGCCGAAGCAUUGGAUCAUGUCAACCGUACCAGUACACAGGAAGAACUCGACAUUUUUGUCAGCAAACUGCAUGUAUAUUCAAUCUCUGAUCAGGAUAAUGCAGGACCAUGGAUUCGCAAGAACUUUCCGCAAAUCCCAUAUAUUGCGUCAAUUCACGGCUUCAACAUGUACAAUCUUGCGACGUGGACAGGUAUCAGUGGUGAUAUUCUAUAUGCUUUUGACGCAGGUGGUCCAGACACGACACUCGUUGACGACACGUAUAUCCGCAACCACUUUCAACUUGGUCCUCUGGGGGCAAAGUACCCCAAUCGAGCGUACAUUAUGGAAGGCGACAGUCCCUCAUUACUGUCAGUCAUCCCUAACGGUCUCAAUGUGCCUUCUCAUCCCGAGUUUGGUGGCUGGGGCGGUAGAUACAUCUUAUCCGACAUCUCAGGUGCCUCGAACCAUUAUGCCGAUACCAUUGACCGUGUGGUAGGCAUUAGUGGAAACACUCUAGUGUCGAACCAUGCCACCAUCUGGAGAUGGCGGAGCGCAUACCAAAACGAGAUGAGUGCUCGAGUGCAAUGGUCGCUUUCUUCAAACUACAGUGCAGCCGUGCAUCCUCCCAAGAUCACACUGAACGGGACGACUGGCACGGAACCAUACCCCCUGACUGUUCAGCCGGAGCAGAGUGUUGUUCUUGAUGCCUCGGCCACAAUCGACCCAGACAGCAACUCGAGCUCUACUUUGACGUUCGAGUGGAUGCAUUACAAAGACAUCACAGCCAGCAACCAAUACAACGCCAAUGCAGACAUUCCUCAACUCAACUUUACUUGCUUAAAUCAGGCGUGCUCAACCGUUCAGAUGGAGAUGCCGAACGAGACGCUUGCAUGUCCGCAGACUGGCUGUCAGACCUACCAUGUUAUAUUGUCUGUCAAGGGACAGAGCGCUACACCUAUCACAAGAUAUAGGAGGAUAAUCUUC